AUGUCUCAGCGAGGUAGUCCUGGAAAGAAAGCCACAGCGGCGACGACAACCCUGAUCGCCGGUGGAGGAGCAGGAAUGAGUGAGGUACUUGCGUGUCAUCCACUUGACACCAUAAAAGUCCGCAUGCAGUUGUCGCGAAAAGCCGGACUCGGGUUAUCAUCAAAAGGAAUGGUUGGCACUGCAGGCGAAAUAAUCAAAAAUGAGUCUCCUCUGGGUUUAUAUAGAGGUCUAGGUGCUGUCAUAGGGGGUAUUAUCCCCAAGAUGGCAAUCCGGUUUACUUCAUAUGAAUACUACAAACGGCUCUUGUCCGACCGACAGACGAUGGAAAUUUCAAGGAAAGGGACGUUUAUUGCUGGCCUGGCUGCUGGCGUUACUGAAGCCGUGACGGUUGUCAACCCGACUGAAGUGGUCAAAAUCCAGCUCCAAGCUCCACACAUAAGCCCUACAGGGCAAAUUGUUCCGAAAUAUCGAAGCACCUUUCAUGCCAUCUCCUCCAUCGUUCGACAGGAAGGUGUUGGGUUUCUUUAUCGCGGUGUGACUCUGACUGCUUUGCGCCAGGGCACAAACCAAGCUGCCAACUUCACCGUCUAUUCGGAGCUCAAGUCUAUCUUGCAGCGCUUACAACCACAAUAUAGUGAAAGGGGAGAGCUCCCGUCAUAUCAGACUACUGUAAUUGGGCUGAUAUCGGGAGCGAUGGGCCCGUUUUCAAAUGCUCCUAUUGACACUAUUAAGACCCGGCUGCAGCAGACCCCUCCGGUGCCAGGACAAAGCAGUCUAUCGCACAUGGCCAGAAUUGCCACUGAUAUACUACAGAAGGAAGGCUUCCGAUCUUUUUACAAGGGAAUCACACCUCGCGUCAUGCGGGUAGCUCCCGGCCAGGCAGUCACCUUUACUAUGUAUGAGUUUCUCAAAGGCAAAAUUGAGAACUCAGAGUUCGUGUCUUUGAAACAGACUAUUUGA